AAAAUGACAAGGAAAUAAUUGCAGUAUUUACAGUAGCUGAUUACAUAUCAUAUAUAAAGCUGAAUAGAUUUCAGUCAAAUAAUAAAAAACCAUCGAGGCAGAAGCACCUAUUAAAAAUUUAAAUUAAAAACAGUUAUAAAUUUAAAAAUGAACAAAUCUGGAUAUGUAUUAUUUGGAUUAAUUGUGCUAGUAGUAAUUAUUCAAAAUGCUAGUACACAAAGAACAGUAUACCCUUGUAAAACCAGUUGUGAGUGUCGAACAAAUUAUUGUCGAGGUGGAAAAUGCAUACGAUAUGGACAAAUUCCUGAUGAAAGAGAUGAAAAUGGAAAUAGCCAAGUUUCACCAUGUAAUUAUGCUAAAUGUCCUUCUGGAUCAUCUUGUUAUAUACAAGAAGUUCAAUGUGUUAAAGCACCUUGUCCUGGAGUAGCCACGUGUAUUAAAGAUUUAAAUACAUGCACUUAAAAAUAAUAUCAUUAUUUUUAUACUAAAAUUAAUAUCGUAAUUAUUGCCAAUUGAUUCUGUAAAAAUCAUCUUGAUAUUGUCAUCAAUUUAAGCAUUUGUUAUAUGAACAUUCAAUUAUAUGUUUAUUCAAUAAAAAAAUGUUAAUUGAAAGUGGUCAAAAUUAAUUUUA